CAUUAUUAUCACGCUUUUAUGUGUGUAAAACAGAAAAGAUCGCGAAUUUGAGGCGGAACUGUUUUAGAACGAGCUCAUACACCACAGGGAAGAGUUUCAGAGAUGGACGCGUGCGAGAGAGCUGUCAUGACCACAUGAGACGUUUAUUCGUAUUUUUUAGUAUGUGAACGCUAGCUAUCGGCGCUGAUAUACACGUACUGACAUGGAAGAUACGGGAAAAAGAGGGACACAGAAAACUGAGUGUAUAGAUUGGGGUAGACUAGUUUGUGGACAAACGCCGAUAACAGCCAAUAACGAAACACGGAAGGAUAUAUUAGUAAUGAAUGCCCAUGACGGACUACCUCAGCCGUCUCCAGACUGUGACAGAUGCUCGGUAAUAUCAGGAGAGUGUCUCUAUUAUCAUUAUGGUUGUGAUGGCAAAGAUGACAGAGGUUGGGGUUGUGGAUACAGGACUAUUCAGACAAUGGCUUCAUGGUUGUGUCUUAAUCAGCCUCUCACUGUGAUCCGCAGACACCCGCCUAGUCUUUCUGAAAUACAACAAACUUUGGUGGAAAUAGGGGACAAACCCGAUUCAUUCCUGGGUUCUAGGGAGUGGAUUGGAACAUUUGAGGCAAGUCUUGUUCUUGACCAGCUCUAUGAUGUUCCCUGCCGCAUACUGCAUGUGCGAUAUGGCAAGGAGCUUGAUCAAACUGUAGAAGAUCUUCAUGACCACUUCCUUACCCGUGGGUCGCCAGUUAUGAUGGGAGGAGACAGGGACAAUUCCUCUAAGGGGAUCUUAGGUGUGUGCACUGGUAAAUGGGGGAGUUAUUUGCUUGUUAUGGACCCUCAUUACUUCGGCUGUCCCUUGGAUAAAAAGUCAUUGCAAAGUCAAGGUUGGGUUUCAUGGACAGCAGUUGGUUCUUUGGAUCGGUGCUCUUUCUACAAUCUUUGUCUCCCUCUUACUGCUAAGAAGUGACAGUGGCUGUUUCACCCAAUCACUGAAUAAAAUAAUAACUAAAUAAAAAUGGCAUU